AUGACAUCUUUCAAUUCUGGAUGCGACCUGGCGUUCAUGGUGGAUGCGUCAUCUAGUAUAGGUGGAGACGCAAACUUCCAACUUGUAAUUAAGUUUGUCAUCAGUAUUUUCCACUCCUUUACCAUCGGCGGCGGAGUACGAUACGGAUUAGUGGCGUUUGGCAGCAGUGUCAAGGUCGUCUUUGGAUUUAGCCAGUAUACUUCGAUCUCGGAAGUUGACUCAGCCUGCUCCAGUGUCACGCUCAUUGGUGGUAGCUGUACUGCAGGCGCUGCUCUUUCUCAAUGUAAAUCGGCACUAUUUGAGGGCGACGCAGGAGGGAAAGCACGUGUCUUGAUUGUUCUAAUGGCUGGAAGUUCAUCUGACGACGUUGCAGGUGCUGCUGAGUCCUUGAAAUCAGCUGGAGUCAAAAUAAUUGCUGUUGGAAUGGGAAGCUCAUUCGUUCAGUCACAGCUUACCGCUAUGGCAUUUUCUUCUUCUUAUGUUCAAACGACUACCUCGUACAGCGGUUUAGCUGGUAUAAGUGGGAGCAUCACCGGCCUUAUAUCAAAAGCCGGUGGCAUCAGCGUCAGUGGAGGUGGAGGUGGAGGUUCGUGUGAUUUGGCCUUCAUGCUGGACGCUUCCGACAGUCUAGAAGGAGAAGCGAACUUCAAGUUGUGUAUCGAAUUUAUCAAGACUGUAUUUCAUGUCUUUGGUAUGGGAGGUGGAAUACGAUUCGCUUUGGUUCUCUUUGGAAGUUCCUCCCAAGUUGUAUUCGAUUUCAACAAAUAUUCAUCAAUCUCAGACCUUGAUGGUGCUUUGGGUCAGGUAAAACUAGUUGGAGGAUCAUGUGCCGCAGGAGCAGGACUUUCCAAAUGUCAAUCAUCUCUGUUUGCAAGCGCUGGCGGAGGCGGUGCAGCUGCAGGCGGCGGGGUCGCCGGUGGUGCCGCCGCUGGAGGAGCAGCAGCUGGGGUGAGCGUUACUGCGCGUCUGCUGGUAGUAAUGAUGGCAGGAAAAUCUACAGACUCUGUAACAAGCUCGGCUAGCGCACUGAAACAGACUGGUGUCAAAAUUCUCUGUCUUGGUAUGGGAGAUAGCUUUGAAAAAGAGCAAAUGACAGCUAUGGCCUCGUCACCCGAUUAUUUUCUUUCAGUGUCCUCUUUUGCAGAAUUGUCUGGAUUUUCGCAGCAGUUCAUCAGCCUAAUUAGAACAGCCGGAGGGAUUUCAGCUGGUGGAGCUGCUGGUGGGGCUGCUGGUGGAGCAGGAGGAUCCGCAGGAUCUGUGGGAGGUGCCGCUGGAGGAGUGGGUGCCGGUGGUGGAGUUGCAGGAGGUGCAGGAGGAUCAAUGGGACUGGAGGAAUUUCCGCUGGUGGAGCUGGAGGAAUAG